UAUUUACCGAGACUUAAAUUUUCCUCAAGAGAUUAUUAUGGAAAAAGUUUUAAUCGAUAUUUAAAAGAAGAGAUUGCGAAAUAAGGUUCCGCCUCGCUUUCUUUUAWUUUUUUGUCUAGAAACAAAUGGAAAUGACAUGAAAAUUGGUACAAAAAAUUGAAGGUGUCGCCAACCAAAACUGGGAGUSAAGAUGCUUCUUUGUCUUACAUUGUUCGUUUUUGGACUUCACUUUGGAGUGACCACGUCUAAUAACCUACAAACAUGUAAGAACACUAAAGUCGAAGAGAAUGUGACAUUGCGAGGAGGUAUCGGAGCAGGAACAUUUAAAAAGCUUGCAAAAGUUACUAGCAUGGCGUCUUGUGUUGAGCUGUGCUGUAAGAACCCCUCUUGUGAUGUAGCAUUUAUGUCCGGCUUAAAAUGCUACGCGGUGGAAUGUGUUAGUGAUGAUGAAUGCGAAUCAACAGCGACGGAUACUUCGGAAACCAAAGUUCUAAUUGCCCACGUAAGAACUGGUAAAAACAAAGGGAAUAAUUCCUUCGCACUUGCUGGAAUCCCAACACAUCAUACUUUAGCGACCAAAGCCUCCUUAGCAGGAAGCCUAUCGUCUACUAAACCAUUAGCUUCAAACGCUAUGGCAAAAGGACUCGUAUCAAGUGGCAUGCAGGCGCCUAAUCUUGCAUCUACGAGCCCGCAACUCUCUGCUUCUGGUAAGCAGACAAGCAAAWCACCCCAGGCACCUGUAAAUAUAAACCCUGGUAUGGCAGGCCAGUGCAAACCAGGCAAAGUACAUAAAGAGGUCACAUUGAAAGGAGGAAUCAACGCGGGAACCUACAAGGAUAUUGGAGCGGUUGCUUCAGUUGAUGAGUGCGCUAAAAAGUGCUGUAGCUUUGCACCAUGUGAUUUAUCAUUCGUUUUACAAAAUCGUUGCUAUCUUGUGGGCUGCACCGAUGGGAAAAAUUGCCAAYUGCAGAAGGCCAAGUCUUCACCCUACCACCCUUCUGUCGUGUAUGUGACUCGUUGGAACAACGAAGGUGUUAAACAUACAAUAAAUAUAAACGAGGACGCAUCGUCUAAUUUUAUGUGCAGCCCAAUGAAGCUGAUGACAAAGGUUACACUGAAAGGUGGCCUAAAGGCUGGUGAUUUUACCGACACGGGAAAGGUUGGUAAUAUAGGAGAAUGUUAUGACUUGUGUUGUAAACAGCCUACGUGCAACUUAGCCUUUAUGCUGGGCCAGAACUGCUUCUCUGUGAAGUGCUACAACAAAGACUUAUGCUCUACCAUCCCUGCSCAGCCAUCGAUCUACAAUCCACAAAUAGCCUAUGUGUGGAACAGAAAGGAGAUGGCUCCCAAAGUAAAAGAUUCAUCGGCAAAGAAAAGCGAAAUAACUAAACCAGCUCCUGCCUGUCCAAAGGCCAAAAUCAUAGAAGAAGUCACCUUAGUAGGAGGACUAGGAGCUGGUAAUUUCCAUGAUAAUGGCAAGGUUCAAGAUAUGCAACAGUGCCAGCGCAUUUGCUGUGAGAUGCCUAAGUGCAAUCUUGCAUUUAUGCUCAGUUCCAACUGCUUCUCUGUGGAAUGUAAGAAUGCAGCACUUUGUAAAACGCAAAAGGCUCGGCCUUCGAAAUUUUCUCCUCAUAUCUCAUUUGUGAGAGCAUUUGGAUCAACGAAAUUCAUGAGCUCUGACGAGGCCACGUUGGCAGCUAAACCCUUAAUUCCUCCAGCUGUACCUGCAAUAAACAAAGGUUCGAUUGCGGYACCAGGGAAGCCCGUUCAGCAACCACGACCUUCAAUACCUGGUCUACCUGGAACACCCAGUUUACCAGGAAUGCCUUCUCUUGGUSUAACAAAUAAUCAGCAGGCAUCUAGCAAUUCCAAACUACYAGGAAUGCCUUCUCUUGGUCYRGCAAACGAUCASCAGGCAUCGGCAAAUCCCAAACUUCCUGGAAAUCCUUCGCCUUCUGGGAUACCAGGGUUACCYRGCUUACCUGGGCAGCCACCUGAACUUCCAUCUGGUCUAAACAAGCCACAGGCCGAACCAGUUCAAGGCUCCAACCUGYUAUCGYUGCCUGGCCAACCAAAGCUUCCGCCUCAAGRUCUUCCUGGUCAACCCCUGAAACCACAGCCAAGUCAAGUGCAGGAAUCAAUGUUUGGCAAAUCACCACUUGACAUGCAAAAUCCACUUCUCCCACAGCAGUCUAGCGUGCCUGGUAGYCCAAUAAUGCCGUCAUCACCAGKACUACCGAAUCACCUAUCUCCAAGUCAAGCUCUUGGCAUGAUGUCUCCUCAACCAAAAGAAACAAUGCAACCAGGACAAGGAUUGCCUUUCAAAAAACCUGAUAAAAAUACAGAAAAGAAAACCGGCAUCAUGGAAAGUCCGGAGGCCAAAAAAACAACACCAGAAGACCUUCUAAAAACUGUUAAUCUAACAUCUACUAUCACUGAUGCUCAGCCAGGGCAAGCUAUGCAAAUGAACAUAGUCCAUGGCAAGUUACAGCUUACACCAGUUGAUUCUUCGAAAGACCAUAACUCUGGUUCURAUGAAUCAAAAACGAACAGCAGUGGCUCUUCUGCCGGGGCCUUUGAUGCAAUUCUUGGUGGAGAUCAAAGCAGCGAAGACAAUAAGUGCAUGGCUGCCAAAAUUAUCACUGAUGUCACGCUAAAAGGUGGCAAAAAAGCGGGGAAAUUUAAAGACCAYGGUGAUGUUAAGAACAUGAAAGCUUGCAAGAAAUUGUGCUGCAAGGAUGAUAGCUGUAAUUUAGCCUUCAUGCUUGAGAAGACAUGUUAUACUGUGGCAUGCAAGGACAAGGACGUUUGUGAUCAUACACCAGCACCACCAUCUGACUUCAGACCAAGGAUAUCCUAUGUCAGGCCACUAAAAGAUUCUAUUAAGGAAAUGGCAGAACUACCAGUUAUUCCGAAGGCCCCAAAUAACUUACGUUGUCGAGCCAGUAAUAUUACUAAUGACAAGACAUUUAAAGGUGAAAUUACCAGCAACAACUACACUCUGCAACAGGAUGCUACUGAUAUGCCAAAAUGUAUGGCAAGGUGCUGCCAGUCCAAAAAUUGCGAUGUUGCCUAUUAUGUUGAUAACAAGUGCUAUUCGGUGACCUGUACGAACAAAGGAGCAUGUAUACCUGUCGAUGUUAAAGGAAAACCUAAAAAUAAGAUACCUUUGAUAUCGGCAAUGCUGACAAAGCCCAAAGAAGAAAAAGAAGAAGUCACAGACUUGGCAGCAGAUGUGGAUAGCCCAAAGAGCUCUGUCUCAGAUGAGGUUACAAACCUCCAAGCUAGCAAAGACCGCUGCCGUAGCAACCGAAUUUCUACUGGAAUAACUUUGAGAAAUGGAAAUCGCGGAAGCAAUUUUACCUCAAUGGGACAGGUACAGAGCUUAAAGAAAUGCAUCGCCCUCUGUUGUGUACGACCAUCCUGCGAUAUUGCCUAUUUAGAAAACGACAAGUGUUUUGCAGUUCAGUGUAAUGAUGGUGUAAUGUGCCAAACAAAUGCCCAUGAAGCUGAUAUAGGCAUGAAUGUAAAGCUUGCUUAUAUGGAUCGACACAGGGGCAAAGUAAAAGAAAGAGACUGGAUGAUCGUAUACAUAAUCGUUGGUUCAUUAGCAUUUGCAGCUGUUAUAGGAGGCGUUAUAUGGGGUGUUUGUAUAUGCACAAAAAAAAAUAAAAUAGGAAAGCAAAGAAGAUUACUUGAUGAUGAAGACGAUGAAGAUGAUGAGAUGCUACCAAAACCUACUCAGACAAGAUACAGAACACCGAUGCACAGAUAUUAAACAACAAUGGCCGAAUCCAACCAAAUUAUCAAUUCAAACUACUGACUUACAAAUGUGCCCAAGAACCGAGAUCUGUAUCGAAGAAACCACAUAAGACAAACRCGGGAACGGGAUACGUGAAAAUGACAAGAUCUCGAGGGUACAUAAUUUCACCCCUUUUAGAGCAAGAAAAUUACUUUGGGAGACUAAGUCAAAUUCAUGACAAGAUCAUUCAUUCCAGAUGUUCACAAGUAACUUAUUAUUUUUAUGCUGUAUUCGCUAUGUAUUUUGCUAAUGAUACAUCAAUCAAUGAAGAGAGCCAAUGAGAGGGUCAACGGAUUCCAAUUAUGUCGUAUUUGGCGCCAAACUCUUUAACAUGUGAAGUGGAUUUUUUUWAAUUGAACGUCAUCGUUCAUAUUACUCAGACCUCACUGAAACGGCUUUCAUUUUUUUAUUUCUAGUUUAAAUUUUUUGUCUCCGACUUCAGACUAUUUCCCCAAACGUUUUYACCAAGCACACAACAAAUUUUAACUAGAAAAAACUUUAACUGACUUCCACCGAAUCUUCAUAUUUCAAGUCAAUUCCCUUAAAAAUGURUACGUCAAAUCGUAGUCGGGUUGUUGCUUUAAAACCUCUUUAUCUAAACUACUUCAGAAACCCUCGCGCUUCAGUGCUUCAGUGGGUCUACAACGAUAGAACCAAUGAUUCCGUAAAACACAAACGAUGUAAAUUUGUAAGAUUUUUUCACAAUCAUAGCGCCUGUAUAUAAUAAUGAUUUCAGUGAAGCGCAGACUGUUAUUUAGAAAACGACUGGAAGUUCUAUUCGACGAAGCUUGGCCUCUAUAGCAGUUUGUUUUUGUGCUAACUUUUCGUUCUUUCAUAAUUAAUGAAAAUUGGAAACGUAAAAAAAAAUCGAAUAAGAGCACGAAGAAGCAACGAAAAAGCUAUUUAACCAGUAGCGGAUCCAGGGUGGUUCCCUUUGUGAGAUCUUGUAAAACCGAUUUGAAYGCCCCCUUCCCCUUCAGUGAGGGAUCUUGUGAGUGUGAUCAUGCUCUUUACACUGAUCAUGUUCUUUAUGCUUAUAAUGAAAUUGGAAACUCUUUGAGCAGCCUAUCAUGUUUUUGAUGCUUAGUAAAAUGAAAUUGGAACCACCGUAUGUGCCGGCCGAUCGUGCCAGCUCUUUCUGCCUGGCAGCCAUUUUGGUACCCUCCUUUUAAAAUCCUAGAUCCGCUACUGUUAACUAUUUUACCCCAAAAAUAGUGAAGCAUUUUGAAAAUAUACAGUGGAAUACCGACCAACCGACCAAUAUUCAACAGCUUUUUUGAUUGGCUAUAUUUUCAACCUUUUGGUAUCAAUAUAAAUAUUAAAUAACGAGGGCUACUGUAAGUCAAUUUGACAAUACUUCUAUUGSUACGAGCUUUAUAUUUAAUGUUAAUUUUCAAGCUACAUGAUAGUAAUAAGUAACAAGACAGAUUAUCAUUGCAUGUAUGACUGAUUAUAUUACAAGGAAUAAAUAUUAUUGGUAUGUUUUUUGAUAAA